AUAUUUGAAGAAUAAUAGACUGGUAGACGUCAAUGAAGACGAGGUCCACCUCUUGCGUCUCCUGUUUAUUGAUCUCUGCCUGUUGCUAUAAUGAAGCGUGCCGUGAGUGUGGCUGCAGCUUUGCUGCUAGGCACGCCUGCCCAGGCUGCGACCGGCGGAUCCUUCAAUGUGUUGAGUAUGAACGUGGCAGGGCUACCGGCCAUCCUGAACAAUAACGACGUCCCGGGAGAAAAGAAGACCAACUCGGGAUUAAUUGGCACAAAAUUCGCGCAGUUGGGAUAUGAUCUAAUCCACGCACAAGAGGACUUCAACUAUCAUGCCUACAUCUACGCGGCGGACACGCACCCCUAUCGCUCUGCCACAUCGGGAGGCGUGCCGUUCGGAUCCGGGCUCAACACUCUGUCCAACUUCGACUGGAUUGACUAUACGCGCGUCAAGUGGGAUGAAUGCAGCAAUGCCUCUGAAUUUGACUGCUUGACGCCGAAGGGAUUUACGUUCAUGCGUGUGAAGCUCUCCGACGGCGUCUACAUUGAUGCCUACAACCUACACACGGAUGCCGGGACAAAAGACGGCGACCUCAAGGCUCGCGCAUCGAACCUCCAGCAGGUUGCGGACUACAUAAGCACCUGGAGCACCGGCAACGCGGUCGUCGUGUUUGGCGAUACGAACAGCCGGUACACACGUGUCGGAGAUAUAAUCCCAUCCUUUCUUACGCAGGGAGGGCUCACAGAUGCGCAGGUGGAGCUCAUCCAUGGGGGUGUUGCACCAACCGUAGAAGUGGUCUGCAGCAACCCUAGCACUACCAAUGAGUGUGAAACGGUUGAUAAGAUCUUCUACCGCGGAAGCCCCCUGCUCGACCUCACCGCUACAUACUUCUCUUAUGAGAGCAACAUGUUCCUCCAGCCCGACGGUAACGUCCUGUCCGAUCACAACCCGAUCACUACCAACUUCACGUGGGCAAGCGGGGCAUCCCUGCGCCAGUCCGGCUUCUGGGGUGGCUCUAAAGGCAACUGGUUCAGCGACGUGCCGGCGCUCUCGACGAAGACAGCGCCCAAGGCGAGUGUGGUGACAUUCAGGGGCGCCAGCAGACUCGAUAGUGUGGCUAUCACGCUGAGUGACGGGACGGCAUUUUCACACGGCGGGACAGGCGGCACGGCCGGGUCGCUGAUGCUGGCCAGCGACGAAACCUGGGUCAGUGCACAGCUCUGCCAAGGCCAGAAAUCGGGUAACACGCGCAACUUCUACAUCAAGGCCACAACGAGUGCCGGGCGGACGCUGGAGGCGGGAACGGCGACGUCGGACUGCGCGACUUUCGCAGCACCUGAGGGCUGGGCAAUCGUCGGGUUCCUGGGCCAGGACGGCGAUGAGAUGGAUCAGCUAGCGUUUGUGUAUGGGCGCCAGUAGAGUUAGGGUAGAGCGCGAAGAGGAACAGAAUGAGUGAAUUAUCUGCACAUGUUUCCAGUGACUACCAGACUACUAGGUUAGGUAGUUCACAGCUGCUUGUUUGCCGUACUAAUCGAGCAUGUUCGUCAUCAUUGCCGGCGGCGAGCACAGUAUCUACCACUUACUACUAGUGAUCAGAGCGAGGCUACAUUUGUCUCUGAUCUACAAUAAGUGCCGAAUCCACAGUCAGUACUGAAUUACUUAGUAAUACGGAUAGGUAUGGUACCGUAGUCGAGGUAGGGAGAGCAUACGUAAGUAGCUCGAGAAAAUCUCGAGUCAGGCACGGAUAGUA